CGGACGGGUGGCCCCGGGGGGGCCGGGGGCGGGGAGGCGGGCGGCCGGCACCGCCCGGGCCGACAAAAGUCCCUUCAGUUCAGCCGGCGGCAGGGGAAGUCCCGGCGCUCGGCGCAACCACCCUCCCGUGCCGCCGAGCCGAGCCGCGCUCCGGCCGCCCGCUCGGCCGCCGUCCCCGGCGGCCCCAUGCCCCGAUGCCCCGCGGGGACCAUGGACGAGGGGCCCGUGGACCUGCGCACCAGGCCCAAGGCCGCCGGACCCCCCGGCGCCGCGCUGCCGCUCCGCAAGCGCCCCCUGCGCGCGCCCUCUCCGGAGCCCGCCGCCCCCCGCGGCGCCGCGGGACCAGUGGUCCCCCCGGAUCCCCUCCGCGCUGGCUCCGACACGCCCGCUGUGCCCGCGCCCCCCCACGGCCUGGCCCGUCCAGAGGCAGUUUACUACCAGGGACCUUUACUGUCCCUGUACCCGACUCCGACCAUGGGCUCCCCCUUUCCUCUGCUGAACCUGCCUACACCCCUGUACCCCAUGAUGUGCUCCAUGGAACACCCCCUGUCGGCUGACAUCGCCAUGGCCACCCGUGCGGAUGAGGACGGAGACACGCCACUCCACAUUGCCGUAGUGCAGGGCAAUUUGCCAGCUGUGCAUCGGCUAGUCAACCUCUUCCAGCAUGGCGGCCGGGACCUGGAUAUCUACAAUAACCUACGGCAGACACCGCUACACCUGGCUGUGAUCACCACCCUGCCGUCUGUGGUCCGGCUCCUGGUGAUGGCCGGUGCCAGUCCCAUGGCACUGGACCGCCAUGGCCAGACGGCAGCCCACCUGGCGUGCGAGCACCGCAGCCCGGCCUGCCUGCGGGCCCUGCUGGACAGCGCGGCCGGAGGCACCGUGGACCUGGAGGCCCGCAAUUACGACGGGCUCACUGCCUUGCACGUGGCCGUGAAUACCGAGUGCCACGAAGCCGUACUGCUGCUGCUGGAGCAUGGCGCGGACAUCGACGCUGUGGACAUUAAAAGCGGUCGCUCCCCACUGAUACACGCCGUCGAAAACAACAGCCUUAGCAUGGUGCAGCUGCUGCUGCAGCACGGCGCCAACGUGAACGCUCAGAUGUACUCGGGCAGCUCGGCGCUGCACUCGGCGUCGGGCCGCGGGCUCCUCCCGCUCGUGCGCACGCUGGUCCGCAGCGGCGCCGACAGCGGCCUCAAGAACUGCCACAACGACACGCCACUGAUGGUGGCGCGCAGCCGCCGGGUCAUCGACAUCCUGAGGGGGAAGGCCACCCGGCCGGCUCCUGCAUCCCAGCCUGAGCCUUCCUCUGACCGGAGCACCACCACCUCCCCGGAGAGCAGCAGCCGAGUCAGCUCCAAUGGUCUUCUGUCAGCAUCACCUCCCUCCUCGCCCUCCCAGUCUCCCCCUAAAGAACUCCCUGGAUUCCCCAUGGCUCCCCCCAGUUUCUUCCUUCCUCCCUCAUCUCCACCUACCUUCUUGCCCUUUUCUGGGGUCCUCCGAGCCCCUGGCCAGCCGGUGCCCCCUUCCCCAGCUCCAGGAGGCAGCUGAGAGGGAUGGGGGGGCAGAUCUCGGACUCAUGAGGAGGGACCUUGCUGCCCAAUGGGGUCAGCCCUCCUGAAAACUGUGAAGAUCUCACUCUGCCCCCCCCAAUCUUCUGGACCAGGAUUUGCACAAAGGCACAUGUAUUUACCCAUAAGCCCCCUCUUCUCAGCACAGAUAUUCCCCCAACUCAUCUCUGGCGCCCAGGACUCUGACCCCCAUUAUUCUCAGGCACCAGUCUCCUGUCUGGAACUCCACCCAAAUGUUCAUUUCCUUCUCCUCUUCCAGAGAUGGUGGAACCGAGGAAAAGCCACUCUUCUUUGUGCUCUCCCCAGUUGGAUGAGGAGAGAUGGACUAUAGCCAGGCACUGAUAACAAUGUAAAUUAUUAGGCAUUUUGGUUGAAUUUCUUUUGUAAUAAACUAUUUUUGUACCAUA